ACCUUCCAGAUGUCCAUCGCACUUGCUUCACAAGUAUUCGAUCCUAGUACUCUAAUUGGAACCUAUUCGAACCGUCUUGACUCCCGUCCAAGUACAGACCGGCUCUCCGCUGACACAUCCGACCCCAGUCCAAUUUGCAACUAUCUCAGCCUCUCCAAUGCACUACUUCAAUGCGUCCUCUAGUGCUCAACCAGCCCUCAAGGGCUUCUCUUGCCAUUUCGUCUCAGGCUACCGUACUCCUAGUUUUCCUUCUUCAGGUUUGCUCUCCACUUCGAGCUCCAAACGCUAAAUUGAAAUGCCUCCAAAUAUACAACCACUCUCGCCCCUAGUGCUAGCGGCCUCUCCCACAGCUUCCAUAGUCCCUUUCACCAGUAUCCUCACAAGCCCUCAAAACCUGCCCGCUCCCGAUCCACUCGAUGGUUCGCUAGGCCUCUUCCUUGCCAUGCUCUUCGUCAUCCUCACUCUCCUAGCUGUCACUGCUCUCAUCUUGUAUCGCAUACACAUGUGCAAAUCCUCUUUUUCUGAACCCGAGGACUAUAGUGCGAGUGCGAAGAAGGUUUUGCAAAGUGUCCUCCAGCAGGAUUCUUCGCGUUCUGAUUCUAGUUCUUCUAUGACUGCCGGUGCAGGAAACGUUGGGAAAGACGAAGCUGGAGGAAAAAAAGAUGGAAAAGCGAAGAAAGCUCGUCUUCGUCAACUCCUCCUUCCGACUCUCUUCAACAAACCCACCCUCCCAUUAACAACUCGCACAACAACCACCGCACGCACGUUCUUCAACUUUAUCAAAUUCCGACCUCGAGCUUCACUCUACCUUCCCACUUUCCGACUACCAUCAACACCAAAGACGCCAAAGAGGCUAACACUCAACCCAUGCCAAACACUUUUAACACCCUCAGUCCCAUCCAUAGUCGUCUCAACUUGUUCUCCUUCAGUCUCCACUUUCCGACCACUAGAACUCCCGCCUGGUUUCAAACCUAGUAGUGACCCGUCCUCCCUUCAGGUGCCUAAUGUUCUGACGACUCCUAGUCGCCCUCGAACUAUACCUCAACCUCCUCAGGCUUCUGUCAUCGAUAUGUCCGAACCUUGUCACGCGCUUGGCCCUAAUCCAAAUACAUCUCCUGCUUUAACGCCAGAGCUCGAACAAGGUCCGGGAAAAGAACACGGACCUAGACAAGCACAAGCACAAGGAUCACACCUGGAGCUGGGAACCGAGCCAAAUGCGCCCUUUGAACUCAUCUCGAACCAAACAGGCAAACCAUUCGAACUUCUUGCCAAUCCUCAAAAACUUAAAGUAGGAAGACAUACAAGAAAACCUAGCGAACAUGGCAAAGAGAACUUUCCUUCAUUUGUUUGAAUGGCUUGGUUUUGGGGCAUGGGAUGAAGAGGUUCGAGUGUUGGAACGUUAAGCUGCUUAACAUGGGUCGUUCGCAUAUCGCACCAAGUCACUAAACCAGAUUCAUUCCUUGGAUCACAGACCCGUGCGAGUGUCCUUCAACCCUUUUUCUGCAGUAAAUGAUUGGGUGUGUGGUAUGGACAAUUCGUGAUUGCUUUAUCUCCCUAACUUUUAUCCGUAUAUCUUAUUACUAUUCUUACUCUCUUUGUCUGUAUCGCUCACUCAGUUCUGUUUGUUUCUUCUAACACUAAUAUCCUACUGCUAAGUAGUAAUCAUUUCGUAUGUCGUAUGCCGUAUCUUUGCUCGUGCUGCUUCCGAGUCUGUCAACUCAUAUAUUCCUUUCGUACACAUAUCCAAAUC